AUGUCGAGGAAGUCACCGCAGGACUUCAUCUUCAGGGAGGAGUUGGGUCAUGGUUCUUAUUCUACUGUGUAUAGGGUGACGGACAAGUCCAAUCAACACCCGUAUGCAAUCAAAAUUUGUUCCAAAAAACAUAUCAUUGGGGAGAACAAGGUAAAGUAUGUUACAAUUGAGAAGAAUACUCUAAAUGUGUUGGGACGUGCGAACCAUCCGGGGAUCAUCAAAUUGUAUUAUACGUUUCAUGACUUGGAGAAUCUGUAUUUUGUGUUAGAUCUUGCUCCCGGUGGCGAGUUGCUGCAGUUGUUAAGGAGAUAUGGAACAUUCAGUGAGACGUGGGCACGUCAUUUUAUGUGUCAGCUGCUUGAUACGGUAGAGUAUAUCCACUCCAUGAGCGUUAUCCACCGAGAUCUUAAGCCUGAGAACGUCUUGCUUGAUAAGGAAGGUAGGCUUAUGAUCACCGACUUUGGAGCUGCUUGCACUUUGGAAGGCCCUGCUGGUGCGCUGGCAGCUGGUUCAGAGGGGGUAGAGGCGAAGGAGACAAGCGCUACGUCAUUUGUGGGCACAGCUGAGUAUGUGUCACCAGAGCUGUUGCUGAAAAACAAGUGUUAUCAUAGCUCCGAUAUAUGGGCGUUAGGAUGUAUGAUGUUCCAAUUCAUGCAAGGAACGCCUCCAUUUCGAGGAAAUAAUGAGCUUGAAACCUUUGAAAAGAUAGUGCGACUAGACUACCGUUGGCGUUCGCAGGUCAAUCCGCUGAUUGUAGAUCUUGUGUCUAAAAUAUUGGUGUUAGACUCUGCUCAGAGGUACAGUAUCGAUCAAAUUAAGCAGCACAGAUGGUUUGCAGGCAUAGAUUGGACUGAUAAAGACAGAAUAUGGAGAGGUGUUUGGAAGCUACCUCAACCUAUAAACGGUACCAGGCAAGCAAUGAAACAACGCUCUUUGGAUCCCCCAUUGAACAACAUCCCGGUAGCCAUUCAAAGAAAGAAGAAGCACACCAAGAUCAAUACAACUUCCAGCAUUGUACAAUGGAGAAAGAUGCUAGGCCUUAACGAUAGUAGCAUCAACCCCAAGUCACCUCUAGGUACCAAUGGUUUGCCCCAACCACAUACACCCACGUCAGCCGCUGUUAUGAUGGAUCCGAAUCCUAAAAUGUCUUCCAUACAUCGUAGCCCUUCGAAGCCAGUUGUGCGAUCUGGUUCAUCAACUGUUUUAAGGAAUGGAUUGAACCCACCAAGACCUGAGGCAACGGCGGUCCCUGUUGUAACGCCCCAUAAACCUCUGCAGAAAUCACCUGCAUCUUGUUCUACAACUAUAGUACCUCCAGAUAAUGUUAUGAAACAGGAUUGGGUAGAGAUAUACGAAAUGAAGUAUGAUCCUAAUGUUAAGAAUUUGACGUUUGAUUCCUUUUCUGAGGUUAAUGAUUCUCUCAUUCAAAAGUUCAUAUAUGGGCAGUCUUCAGAACUCCAUUCUGUAUCGAAGUUAUGUUUACUAUGGGUCGAUAACUCUGGAAAUCUGUCAUAUGUCUAUAAAAAUGCGGUCUACCCCAUCUCCUAUAUUGCAGACCCUCAUUUAUCGGUAUAUAAUUACCAAUUUACUACCGCCAAAAACGAGGGUUAUCUAAUACUUGAAAAGUACAGACAGAAGCUAUGGGUCAUUUUUUUCAGAAAUAACCUACCACCUGGGGCGGGAAAUAUCAGUGCUAAUGAACAAUGGUCAGAAUGUUUCUUAAAGUUUAAGAAUAAUCUAGAUGAAAAUGAGCUAUCCAACAGACUUCGGAAAGCAUCUGUCUCUAGUGGUCGUAGCACCAGGUCUACGCCUUCAAAGAAAGAAAAUAUAUUUUCUGAAGCGACUAUUGGGUUCACACCACCUUCUUCAGCGCCUUCUAUCAAAGAGAACCCUAUUCCUCUACCGAAAGGCAAAAUUGUGGUAAAACAGAACGUCAAUUCGAAUAAACAAAUUAAAGUGAAAAGCGAUGUAAAUAAAAUGCAGCGAAAUGGAUACAAAUGUAACCAAGCUGAUGAUAUGGUCCUUUCCAGUAGUAGAUAUGAGGUUCUUAAUGCAGUGAAACAUGACAACACAAAGAAAGGCGUGGCCACCUCCGGCGCUAGUGCAGCCUUCAAGAAUUUGCGAGUGAACGACAGACAAUAA